GCAAUCUUGACUAUCCACCCACAUCCACCGGCCUUAGUGUCACUCCUCCCUCAUCAUUUCCCUUAGACGUUCCGCCCCGAUAAGUAACAGGGCAGAUCCUCUCGUCAACCCUUUAUCUGGACCUGGUCUUUGGGUAGGAACGUGAUUGUGUACGAAUUACAGCUUCAUUCAAAAUCAAAUUUGUCCCGGGAGUUGUCCAAUUCCCCAGUCGACAAGAUGACGGCAAUCGUGGAGAAAGUCAAGAGCAAGAAGAGCCACAUCGUCAUGUUUUCUUCGAUAGCCAUUGCGCUCUAUGGCUACGAUCAGGGCAUGAUGUCGCUCAUCAACACCAAUCGCGACUACCUUCGCACCAUGGGGCUUGCCGAGGAAUCGCCCAUGGUGGGUGUCAUUGUCUCGGUGUACUACCUGGGCUGUACUGUGGGCGCUGUAAUUGCGUCCAAGUACUCGGAUAUGCGAGGACGAAAAGCCGGUAUUUUUGCGUGCCUCGCAACAACUGUGCUGGGCAAUCUGCUCAUGUUCCUAUCCGGUCUUGGCUUCACGAAAGGCGCCCAAGCAAUGAUGCUUCUUGGACGCAUUGUCCUAGGUCUCGGAGUUGGCGGAAUUGACAUGGUAGUACCUAUAUAUUCCUCUGAACUUGCUUCGGCCAAGGCUCGAGGGCGGGCUCUUGCACAAGAGUUUCAGAUGAACAUUUUUGGCCUCCUCAUGGCAUUCAGCAUCAAUCUUGGCGUCACCAUUGCCCUAGGCAAGGACAAUCAAUGGGCCUGGAGGACCCCCAUUGUGGUCAUGCAGGUAUUUCCGCUUCUUCUACUCGCUGUUAUUGAACAGCUCCCGGAAUCGCCGCGUUGGUUCGUGGCCAAGGAUCGCAAGGACGACGCCCGAACCGCCCUUGAGUCCAUGCACACUCCGGCAGAAGCGAAGUCCAUGGUAGAUGAACUUUUGGUCGCCCGGGAAGAAGAAUCUGGUCACUCUGUCGGAUACAAGGACAUGUUGCUGCCCUCGGGAAGCCAUUUCCACCCUACCAUUCUUGUCGUCAUGUGUCAGAUUAACCAGGCGCUGACCGGCUACGGCGCUGUCAGCGUUUACGGCCCGCAAAUCUUUGAGCUGCUCGGUUUCGAUGUGCGCGCAUCCGAAUACAUUACGCUGGGCAACUACUUGUUUUAUUUCUUCACCAUGACAUUUUCAUGGAUGCUCAUCGAUCAUGUCGGACGGCGCCCGCUGAUGAUCUGGGGUGCCUUUGGCAUUUCCCUUGGUUUUGCAGCCCUCACGCUUCUCGGCGGGCUCGCGCUCAAUUCUGAAAACCUGCAUAUCCCCAGUCUUCCCGUCGCCAUCCCAGGUACACUCGUGUUAUACGCAGCCACUGCCAUCUUCGGCAUCGGAUGGCUGCCAACAGUCUGGCUAAUCCCCACGGAGAUUUACCCGACAAGUGCCCGUGCCCAGGGCUCUGCCGUAUCUGUCAUAAUCUGGGGACUUGCAAACUUUGCCGUCACGCUGCUCACGCCUAUCGGCUUCAACAAUUUGAGUUAUUGGCUCUUUUUGGUCUUUGCUGUCACCAACGAAUUUGCAGGCUGGUGGACCUGGGUCUACACCCCCGAGUCCGGCGGCCGCUCGUUUGAAGAGAACCAGCGCUUCUUCACCGAGGCCAAAGACCACCAGACUUGGAAAGUCCGCCACGUGAGCGGUGGCUCCUUCUGCCACAUGCCCCCCAAGCGCGCCAAGAGCAUGGUCGAUCCCGAAUCCGCGCCUCUACUUGGCGGAGGUGCCCUGCAAUAGUUUUGCACUGUGUGAACCACGCAUUAAGAUGAC